AUGCUUGACCAGUCAAAUGCUACGUCAAAAGACGCAUCCCGUCUGCUUAGGCCACUCAUUAAUGGGAACAAGGAGGGUGUUUAUCUAAAUCCUAUUCAAGAGGAAUACUUCGUCAAUUUGUUUUGGCAAACAUACCACACUUCUGUAUACGCCAUUAUCGAUGAGGCCGACUUCAAAAGAGACUACCAAACACUCUAUGUGGACGUGCCAUCGGGUCAUACUCGCAAAUCAUCAGCGCUGGUCGACAUUGUUGUUGCCAUGUGCAUGCAAUAUGGGGCCUCGACUCUGCCCUGCAACCGUCAAGGAAACAUUGUGGAAGAAAACGAUGCCACAACUGCCGGCCGGUGGCAUUACCGAAGAGCGCAGACUUUGCUAGCAGGGGAAAUGGAAAGCCCUACUACUUCUACCCUGCAGUGCCAUCUCCUGUCAGCCAUUUAUGUUUGUGGUGCAUCGUUCCAUAACAUGGCAGAUAGCAUCUGCGGUCUGGCUGUACGCACAGCUUACAUGCUGGGUCUUCACAUUGAUCCCCCUCUUGACAUGGCAGAAAAAGAGCGCCAAGCAAGACGUCGUCUCUGGUGGGCCGUCUAUGUUUUGGACAGCAAAGUCGGGAUGAAGCUGGGUCGCCCGUUUUUACUGCAUGGUUCAUUUUCCAUGCCGCUGCUUCCCGACGACCAGCUUGGAGCUUCAGUCUUAUCAGGAUCUAGAUUCGCUCCGAUCUCAGGGGAUGCUACCUGGUUAAGUUUCAGCCUCCAUCAUCUCAAGCUGUUCAAAACGGUUAGAGAUGCCCACACUACAUUGUACGGCCACGACUUUGGACUGGGCCGAGACAAGACAAUCUGGGAUGACAUCGCAUGUUUAGAAAAGGUGGCCGAAAGCCUGAAACCCCAUAUUCGAGCGAUUGAGAAAUGGGUGCAGAAUCUGCCGGGCGCGCUCAAAACUAGUCGGGAAAACGAUGGCUGCCUUCUCUCGACUGAUGGCUCCGCUCUCGUCAUUGAGCAAAGCGCCCCGAUUUACGAAGCGUUUUUCUAA